GCACCCCCUAUAGUUCACUACGGUAGUGCGGAGCCCCAAUACUGAGCGGUGGAUGGACAGGAGGGGCUUCGCAUGAUACACGACUCAUGUAUCGGGUCAGAUUGGGCUGUCAAUACCCGAUACCGUGUCAAGCACAGUAGCGAAUCCCUAAGGGUUUUGUCAGUGACAUUGGAUGAAUGGUCAGAUGAGGGGAUUGAUGCAAUGAUCGAGGUUGGAGGAAAUGCAUCUGCAAACUCAAUCUAUGAAGCAUAUAUUCCUGACGGGGUUUCUAAGCCUGGGCCAGAUUCUAGCCAUGAACAGCGUGCCAAAUUUAUCAGGUCUAAAUAUGAGCUUCAAGACUUCUUGAAACCUAGCUUGCGUAUCAUGUCGGCUCCUAAGAAAUCCUCCCUUCAAGCAAGUUUAUCCAGGAAGAUUAUGGACACAUUUCGGAGUUCAAGUUCACAUAUAGUCGAAGGCAUGGUAGAGUUCAUUGGAAUGGUGAAGGUCAAAGUACUCAAAGGGAAAAACUUAGCAAUUCGAGAUAUGCUUUCGAGUGAUCCAUAUGUUGUCUUAACUCUUGGCCAGCAGAAAGUGCAAACAAACGUUAUGAGGAGCAACUUGAAUCCAAUUUGGAACGAAGAACUUAUGCUUUCUGUUCCUCAAGAUUAUGGAUCCGUGAAGUUGCAAGUUUAUGAUUAUGACACAUUCUCUUGUGAUGAUAUAAUGGGGGAGGCUGAAAUUGAUAUUCAGCCCAUGAUCACAUCAGCAAUGGCAUUUGGAAAUGCUGGAAUGUUUGGCGAUAUGCAAAUAGGGAAAUGGUUGAAAUCUCACGAUAAUGCACUAAUUGAGGAUAGUUCCGUAAACAUUGUUGAUGGGAAGGUAAAACAAAAAGUAUUAUUAAAGUUGCAGAAUGUUGAAUCGGGCGAAAUUGAUCUUGAAAUAGAGUGGAUUCCCCUUGACCAAUAGGUGUAUAAUAAUGUAAUAUUUCUCUACUCUAAUACUCUCCCCACAUGCAUGCAUUUGAUGAUCGAUAAGGUAUUUAUUAUGAAUUGUUUGAGUCAAACAAUGUCAUUAAAAUUGUGUACCUUGU